CCGCGCUUGAGGAGUAGGAUAUAUAUAUUUUAUAUGUAUAUUAUAAUCCAUAAAAGGAUGGAGGCAAAAGGCAACAUACUUAACAAACAACAAUUACAGUGUGUGUGUUUGUGCGUCUGUGUGUUUCCUACUUCGGAUCGCAGGCUGUCUUGACACGGAGAAAUACACUCACAGGGACACAAUAUAAGGAUGAUCCAACCAUUUUCGGCUGGGAGCUGAUGAAUGAACCACGAGCAAUGGGAGGAGGUGACACCGAUGUCGUCCAGGAAUGGGCAGAGGAGAUGGCUAGGUAUGUGAAGCAGGUGGACCCCUACCAUCUUCUGACAGUUGGGACAGAGGGAUUUUGGGCAAAACACAGCCGUCAUCAAGUUCACAUCAACCCAGGUGGAGCUAACAGCUGGGCGGCAAAAACGGGCACAGACUUCAUACAGAUCCACAGCAUUUCGGCGAUUGAUUUUGCAACAGCGCAUGCCUACAUUGAUGACUGAGUAAAGCUGUGUUCUUUCACAAGUCUUCAGCAGGCCUGUGAUGUGGAUGGCGAGAGCUUCAGCUUGAAUGUCCCAGUAGCAGGAUGCGUCUGUUGCUUCUCUGAGGAGUCGAUUCAUUGUUGCUACCCAUUCAUUGAGGGAAGGGCAAGGUGUGGAGGGGUUGAGCUGCGAGGGCAGCGGGAAGUCGGAGGGCAAGCGAGGAUGGUAGCCAAGGCCGAGGUGGAACGGGGACAUGCUAGUGGAAGGGCAGAGGGCGUUGUUAUAGGCGAUCUCGGUGGUUGUGAGCACCUGGUCCUAGUCAUGUUGGUGUGGGUGACAAUACUUCCGCAGGAUUCUUUGGAGAGUAUCGUUCAUCCUCUUGGUUUGUCCAUCGGUCUGGGGGCUCAAAAUCGAUGGUAUGGGAUACGCCACGAUCCGGAGGUGACAAAGGAUGGAUUUGGAAGGAGGGUGGAGGAGCACGAAGCAGUGGGGGGCGUCUCAAGUGAUGAAGGUUGCGAUGCCUCGGGGUCAUCCGAUGGAAAGGGUUUCACCAGGGAGGGGGGAGGCAGACAGAUUGUCGAUGCCAAAUGGAUUGUCGGAAGGACGGGGGAUGUCGCCGGCGGGUUGGCCGGCAAACGAGUUGUCGAUGCCGGGACGAGCGGAGGCUUGUCCGGAGGACGGGGUGGGUUGGGUUGUGGAGGAGGGGGGUGUGGUCGUGGUGACGACCGUGAUGGCGGGGAAGUUUCCCUCGAGCGUGGUGACACGAUCGGAGAUGGCGGCCACGGUGGUGUUGAUGGUGGCGAGGGAGGAUUUACGAGCGGUCAACGUUUGGAGGAUAGUUGCGAGUUUCGUGGUGGUGGUGGUCGAAGUUGGCUGAUCGCCUGCGGGUUCACGGGCAAUGCUGUUGACGGAGUCGGAACGAAGAUCAGGCAUGUUGAUGGAAGAUUGGGCCGUGGCUGGAGCGGAAGUGGAGGCGGUAGCAGCGAAUGUGAUAGCGGCAGCGGUGGCGGCAGCAACGGCAGCGGCGUCGGCGAGGCGCAUUGGGAGGUCUUGGUUUGGCGUGGUGGCAUGUGGAGAUGGGGGGGACAGUUCCUAUUUACAAGAAUAGAGCGUCAUCAAGUGAUUUAGCAAUGAAGGUAACUGAGAAUC